AUGUCUUCUGGCGAAAAUUUGGAGAUCUAUUUGCCAGUGUCAGCAGCAAGAGAAUGCAACCUUGGAUGGCUGCGAAAUUGGUGCGUUAUUACAAGUUCAACUGCUUCUCGAUUAAAUAUUCCUUGGUGUUAUAUGCAUCUGGCGACAAAAGAAAAAGAGCAAGCUGCAGGCUUCCGGAGAAAACGUGUGAACAAGCAGAAAAGGGGGAAAGCACAAUCUGCCCAUCAUUUACACAUCCUCCUUGAUUUCAUAAGAGAUACAAAGUUAGGAUUUCCCUUUCAUUGUUUCCAUGCACACCAGUCAGUGUUACAUAUUUCCUUUUCUCUAUUGCAUUAUUACUACUAUGGUGUGGUGCAACUGUCGUUGAUGGAAGAUGAGAAUUACAAUUGA